AAACUGGCCAGGUUGGAUAUGACCUCCAACAAGUUGAAGAAGAUCCCACCGGAUCCGUUGUUCUCCAGGAUUCCGGUCUACGCCAAGUCCAAGGGGUCACCCCUGUCCUCCUUGGUGCUGAGUUUUGGGGGGAAUCCUCUCCACUGUAACUGUGAGUUGGUUUGGUUGCGACGUCUCACCAGGGAGGAUGACCUGGAGACUUGUGCUUCCCCUCCAGAACUCAUGGGUAAAUAUUUCUGGUCCAUCAAAGAGGAAGAGUUUGUGUGUGAACCUCCCAUGAUCACCCACAGGACCCCAAAACUCACCUCCACCGAAGGGCAAAGCUCCUCCCUGAAGUGCAAAGCCGUGGGAGAUCCCGACCCUUACGUCCGUUGGAUCUCCCCCGAGGGGAAAUUGGUGGCCAAUACCAGCAGGACCAUCUCCUAUGAGAAUGGCACUCUAGAUAUCUUGGUCACCUCCAUGGCUGACAAAGGAACCUUCACCUGCAUCGCCUCCAACGCCGCCGGCGAAUCCACGGCGCCCGUGGAGCUCUCGGUGCUUCCCUACCCCAACUUGGCCAACAGCACCAACUGUGACAAGGAUCUGGAGCCAGGAGCGUCCGACAUCCUCAUCUCGGCCAAGUCCAGUUAUCCCAACGAGUCCAAGGCCCAGCAGGACCUUGGGGUGGUGGUGGCCGAGGUCACCUCGUCCUCGGCCUUGAUCCAAUGGCCUUCCCAGAACCACCUGCCUGGGAUGAGGAUGUACCAGAUCCAGUACAACAGCUCAGCAGAUGAUAUUUUGGUCUACAGGUAA